AUGAUAGACAAUGGAUUCGCAACCGUGACAUUUCCCUUCCCACUGCAGCGAUGCAGGAUGACACUCGCACGGGGACUUGAACGCGAAAAGAUUCCCCAUCUUGCACGUGAUUCCCACAUCGCCUCGCAUCGCAGCGCACACUCGCAUCCAAAGGGCCAAAGGAAACAGGCAUGGAAUAUCGUAAACUCAUCUCCCCUCUCCAUGCCGCAAACCAUCUUUAUACCAGACGAGCCAGCACCGUCUACACUCUGCAUGCACAAUCCCGGUCUCCGAUUCAAACCUGCCUCCUGGAUCUCAUCCCCCUUCUUUCCUUUUUUCCCCAACAACGGACGUGAGGGUGUGCGUUCGCCCGGGCCGCAACAAGGGGGUGGGCUGCAUGACUUUCAAUCUCCAUCUCUCUCUCUCUCUCUCUCUCCUCUCUCUCCGCUCUCCUCCCCUGCACCACCACUCGCAAUCCCCAGCGGGCGAAACGGCCGCGCGAUUUUCCCACAACAGAAAGGAGCCCCAGUGCAAGAAACCAAUGACACCAAAGGAAGUCGUGAAUUCGAGACACGUCGGAGGAGAUUGUUCUUCUCGAAUAACGUCAAACAUCGUAAAGGAGAGCUCGAAUAUGCGCUCAUGUCACGGACGGAAGUCAAAGGGAAAACGAUGAUGAUGGGGGGAUUUCUGCUCGGCCUGGCGUCUCGUCGACUUGCUCGAUUGACAGCCGUGCGGUACCGAGCCUGGCACGAGCCCCGCAAAACAAACGUACAGCUAACUCUUGUUCUUGCGCCGAGUGAGGUGGUGAUAUCAGCGUGCAUGAUAGCAGGGAAAACGCCACCUGCAUUGGCCUCCUAUCUCGCAUGCAUGUAG